AGAGUUUAUCUUCUUUUAAACAAAAUUACACUUGAAUGCAUCACAUGCCUAUUGAUGAAGGAACGAGUUGAUCUCAAUAAUAAUGGUCUCUGUAUUGAAUCUAGUGCUAGGAUACUGAAAAACGGAAAGUGGGUCAAGCGUUACCUGAUGUGUAGGAAACCCACAGAUGUUAGCGUAGCAAUUUUAUAUGUUUAUAAAUCUAAGAAGCACAGGCUCAACAACAAUUCGAAAACCUCACUGGUACUACAAAAUUACGUCGGUUUUGAAAGCGGAUUCGAGCUCAAGAAAUGUACUCAUAUUAUUGCUUUAUUAACAUUAGAAGAUAUUGUUGUAAUUUCUUUUACUCUACCGGAAAGUCUCGUCGUAUGGGAAACAUGGUUGAAGUCGACAUGCGGGUCAAGCACUUGUUUUUAUAUGCAACUGCAACAUGCCCCGAACAGGCCCGAAGUUCAUUCUGUAUUGCUAAAAGAAGUCAGAUGCCAUCUGCACGAUUCACGCUUGGCAAUCGUGCAAGGUCGACCGCCAAAGCUGCUUCUCUUUUGCGACAUCAACAGUGCUAGGAUCAAUGUGGAUACGAAUACUAGUAUAGUCACCAUCCAGCCAUCCCAGUCCACCGCUGAUGAAAGCUUUAUUUUUAUGUGCCCUCGGAGCGAAACAUUCCAACGCAUGCUUUCAAAAGCAAAAAUGGAGAGAGGCCUCGACAGAUAUCUCAGCAAAAAGAAUUCAGAAGGUGAUUGGAUGCCAGAAUUUGUUGUACCCAAACGGAAAGAAGCAGACACCGAAUCGCAAUUUUCUCACACACUUAGUGGCCUUUUCAACUUUUUCAACCUUGAGCCGCCUGUCAGACCUAAUAGAAGAAUCAAUCUCGACAAGGAAAAGUCCAAGUCCGGCUUUCACGUUGGAGGCUCAUCCUCAUCUAGAAAUCUUGGAAAUCUUGCUCGAGCCAACUCAUUGGCGUUCUAUCAUAAUGCCAAACCUAGUCCAGUUAAAGAUGAGCCAGCGCCAAACUAUGUGAACAUUAGCAGGCACAGUAUCUCAAAGCCGAUACUUGAUCGGGAAAGAGGAGGAUCCGACAGGGAGCGGUUGUAUGCUCCCUCUCGGAAAACCAGCCGAUUUGAGUCAUCUUUCGUGGGCUACGAAAACUAUGAGAAUCAGGACAGCAUACUGCAAUCCCAGAAAUCAAAUGCAAUUCAUCGAAAAAGUCUGCCUGACUAUAUAAACGCUCAGCAGGUGCCACACAUAAGAAAAAGCACUGAGGAGAACACCAAGCCGCUUUUGCGCUCUCCCAAUCAUGGCUAUAGAAGAAAAUCGGAACUUGCCCUGGCUCAUGCUAUGGAUAGACCAUCGACAAGCAAAGGGCGCUCAGUUGGCGAUUUGAAAGCUGCGAGGUUGGAGGAGUCAAGAUAUGAAAAUUGGAGAAAAGCAAAGAAAUUCAUUUCUUCAUUCAAACCGAAAUCGCAAUCGGAUUUGAAUCAAAAGAGCAAAAUGAGUCGCAUGAGCCUUGUGAAGUCAUCGAGUACGGGUGCACUACAAUUUGCAGCAUCAGCACCAUACUAUAAUGAUGGUGCCGAAGAAUCAUCAGGUUCCUUGACCGACUUUGACGAACCUCCACCGUCGCUUGAUCUUGUUGUGUGCGAAACCUCAUCUAUUCAGAAGGAGGACAGCCCACCAGAAGGAUUGAUACGGCCUAAAGAGGACGUUCAGAUCAAGCCGAGGGCAGGUGUGAGUGCAGUUUUGGCUCGGCGCUUGGCUGCUUCGGUGACUGGGUCAUUUUCGAAGUAUGACGGGGAACGGGCCACUCAUCACUAUCAAGGAGGACCAACUGAACCGUUAAAAGCUGCUUCUCCACCCAUGCUCGAAGCACUGGACGGAAUAGAAGCAGCGGUAUACCGAGGGCAAGAUCGAUUGAAGGAAAGCGAUAGGAGGGCAUCCAACGUUUCUUUCCAUAAGGUCCUACCCAUGCCAAUAAAGCAGCCGAAGCAGAAGAAAUCCUCGGUCAGCAUCAACCAGACGUCUGUAAUUCAUGUCACCUCACCGAGGAAUUCAACUUCAUAUUCGGAAAGUACAAGGUCGUCCAGUGAAUCGUUAUCUUCCGAUGCUCGGUCGCGAAUUUCAUUUCGAAAACGAACUAACUCUCCUCCGAAUGUUCCGGCUCCAAUUCUGCUUCCUCGACAACCAAGCUCGCACACGUUAUUGCAAGCAAGCACUUCGGGGGAUUCGCUAGAAUCGGAGCGAACAGCGAGGACGAAUUCGCCGACGAUUCGUGGACAAUUUUCCGGACCAAAUACAAGCGUGCAUUCACUUCAGAGUGUAGCUAGCUGCCGUCGAGUGGAUUACUGUGAUGUUGCGCUGCCAGCGGUUGCGAACUCUUCAUCAAGCUCUACUUCAGUAAAUUCUCGAGUCGAAUAUGUUACUAUAGACCCGGUAUCAACGGCUGCGGCAAGAGAGGCGUCCAAUCUACACUUAGCACCAUUCGAACGAGCUCGAGCAAUGUCAACCUCGAUGACAGGGGUACCAAUUUUGAGGAGGAGAUCCCAGGGCCAGUCUAGUACUUCGGAUUCGGUGUCACUUGGACAACCAACUCGGCAGGGUUUCUUUAGGAAAUAUAGAAAAAUGCGACGAAAUAAGAAGAAUGCGUCGUACUCAAUGUCUCAGUUGAAUAUUUGAUUCUUUAUGUUUGCCAGAUUUUCUCUACAGUCAGAACCAUACAGGUGUGCAUUAUAGUAAUCAUAAUCCAAUAAGAGCAUUUCAAUAUACAA